AUGGGGGACCGCGUGAGUUGUGCACGGUGCCAAACGCUGAGGAGCGACUGUGCCGAGUUGGACGUCGACUCUGUGUCAGAGGAGAUAGAUUCUCCUGUGGUCCUCCUCCAGCAGAACCUGCAAUUGACUCGGCGGCCGCAGCAUCCGCGAAAUGCGUCGUCGGAUCGCAGGCCCAAUCUGCUGCUGAUCCUUUUGGACCAGUGGCGCGCCGACUGGGCAGGGUUCGAUGAUGCGUUAGUUUCGAUGCCCACAGUGAAGUCUCUGGCUUCGGUGGGCACUCGCUUCACGCGGGCGUACACGACCUCACCUUUGUGUGUUCCGGCUCGGAGCUCCCUCACCGCAGUCAGGGAAUACAAGGACAUGUGGGUGCAGAAGAACCAGGACAUCUAUGCCUCGCCGCAGAUGUCUCCUACCUUUAUGUCUAGACUGCGGGACGCGGGCUACACGACAAUCUUUGCUGGCAAGGACCAUCUGUCCGGGGACAGUGGCAACUUGAUCAAUGCUACAGAGAUGGAGGUCUUGGGGGUGGAUCUCUUCGCGCGAUCAUCUGACAAGUAUGGAAUCUGCAAGAAUGCCUCCAAAGGUGGAGUCAUGGAUCACUUCGGCCUUCACCUGAAAGAGAAUGAUCUCUUCCAUGCCUACUGCGACGCCGUGGGGACCAUGGGUAGGGGUGGCUGCUGCAACUCAACCCCAGUGUGCGAGACCAUCUUCAUGGACGAGUGUGGCUUCAGGUGCAAGCAGGAAGGCUGCCUAGAGCCGGACGUGGGCGUUGAUCAUUGGAGCCGUUUACAGGCGGAGGUGCUUUUGCAACGGCACUGGAAGCGACAUGGAGACAAGCCGUGGUUCCUGCAGCUGGGGUUUCCCAGUCCUCACCCGCCAUUUGCGACCAGCCUCCACGAUGAAGUGGGGCCCCUGCCAGAUGCCGUUGACGCACAGUUCGACUACAUCUGGGCGCAGAACACAGAAGGACGGAUGAUACAGUUCCCAAAUCCUUUCCGAAGCUCGGUGGACGUUCGCGGCUGGCCUGAGAUUAAGAUGAAACCCUGA